AUGGCUUCAUCGCAGACGGCCUGUGAAGCUUUGAAGCCUCCUCCGUGCAUCAUUGAUUGGACCGAGCAGGUGGCAAGGGCUGAGGAGGACCUAGCAAAUGCAGUUACGGUGUCUAUGAUCGGCAAUGAACCAUUGGCUGCAGUGGAGGAGGUUGCUGCGGUGAUCGCGGAAAGAAUUGAUGUUGUUGCCAGCUCCUUGGUGCUUCGUCAAGCUUCCUCCUCAAGUUACUUACUGAUCCUUCCUGACAUAGCUUUGGUCGAGCGUCUGGUUGGGCUUCGGCAACCGAUCAGUUCUUCUGGCUUCAAUUUUCGCCUUCUGUGCAAGCGAUGGAGCCGUCUGGCUGGUGCCCAAGGUCGAGUUCUACCGUUUCUGCUUCAUAUUGAGCUGCGUGGCAUUCCAAAUCAUGUUUGGGAAACAUCUACGGUGGAUCGUUUCUUGAGUCCCCACGCUUGGGUUCAGCAGGUGCAUCCUGACACCCUAGGGCUCGUGGAUCUUUCGUGCUUUCGGUGUUUGGCCUGGUGUUCAGACCCGUCUGCUCUUCCCUUGUCAAAGGAAUUAUGGGUGGUUGAGCCUCCAAUGGCUGUCAUCGAGGAUCCUCCGGUCAAGAGGGUUUUAUCUUACCCUGUCAACAUACGGUAUUCAGUCGCUCUCCAACCUGAGGAGCCGAAUCCUCCUCCAUCUGAUGGGGGGGAUGAUGAUGAUGGUGACUGUGCUAGACGGCGACGUCGUGUUCGUUCCCCAUCGCAACUGCCCUCAGGACCGGCUGGUGGGGAGCUUUCCAAUCAUGGCGGUGGUUCUCGGCGGCGAUCGGUCCAGGGGCGGGGGAUGCAAUCGGUUCUUAGGAAGUCGCACGCGUCUCAUCCUCUGACGGCGUGCUCUCUGCUGUUGGCCGAGGCCUUGGGGUCCGUGGCGGCCUUGCAGGAGUGGGACGUUGGCCGCCCGGGCCUCGUUGUGGCGGCGCGGGGUCCCGAGGACGUCCCAACAUCCGAUGAGGUGGCGGCAGCUAAUGCCACGGGUUCAGAUACCGAUGCUAUCGAGCGUGUUCUUGGGGAGCCCUUGAUCUACUCGAGGGCCUCUCCUACUUGUAUGCUGCGUGAAGAGAACUCUGGGUCAUCGGUUGUUUCUGGCCCAGCGGAAGUGGCACACACGGGGAUGGAAUUGGGCCCCCGUUGUGUGUUUUUGGAUUCCCCGGUCCUGGGCUGUAACUCUAUUAUGGAUCACAUUGGUCUUGGUGAGGCUACGGUAGGGAGCUUCCCCGGCCAGCUGACUGUGCCGUGCUCGGAUCCGCCGGUCGGCAAGGCGACGGAUGAAGCUCCCACUCCGGCCUCGCCACGCUCGCCCCAACGCUACCCUGCGCCCGUCAUCCCGGAAUUCAAUCCGCCGUCGCUGGAUUUCCCCCUCUCAAUAUCUGAAGCAAGGCCUGUUACGCCGCUGGUUGGGGAGCGCCUGUCGACGGCUGCUCCGUCGGACCCUGCCCCGCCGCCUGCUCAACCGCUACAUGCUGGGGGGGCGCAGGUCCGAGUUUACUCCAGGCGGCGGCGCCAUGUUAGGUCCCCUGCCCCAGCCUCCCCGGCCGUUGCGGAUGCUCCUUCCCUGGGUUCAGGGGCGAAGUCCCGGCUCCAGAAUCUCGACAAGGUGCGCAAGCCGGUGGACAGGCUCGUCCCUCUGCCUGUAAUCCAGAAGCGGCGAAAAAAGGCCGCUCCUUCGGGGUCUCUACCGCGGCGCAGCAGGCGGGUCGCUGGUGCCGCUCCAUGCUCGCCGGGACCGGUGCUUUCAGUGACUCAAAUGAGGGUGAUGCGGCAGCUUGGCUUUGAAGAAAGGGAGAUCAUUCAGCCAGAAGCUCAAGACAUUUAUAGUAAGCUCUUCGGGCCAUUACUCUCUGAUUCCCACGUCUGUGCUUUAGCUGCUAUUUUUGGCUGGGAAGUGGGAACAGGUGAGCAGGUGCGGGCUGCAGAUGUCCUUACAAUGUUGUAA